GCGUUGAAUUGGCGAAGAAUUUUGUACAGUAUUGGAGUUAAUAUAACAGAUUUGGGAUUUUAUGAUAAAACAGAUUUGACAUGGGUACAGUCACAGAAGAUGGGAAAGAAGAAAAAUGUCCGAAGUGUCCGGAGCCAUUUACCGCACCUGGAAAGUGUUUGGAUGAAGUACGUUUAGUUUUCGAUGAUCAACAAGAACUGUAUGUUUCACAAAACUUUCUUAUUCUAUCUUCGCCAGUGUUUGAGGCCAUGUUCAAGAAUGAUUUAAAAGAAAAGCAGCAAUCAGCAGUUUUGUUGAAAGAGAAGAGCUAUACAGACUUUUAUGAAUUUUUGAUGUGUAUUUAUCCUGGGACAUUAAAACCAGUUACAGAAGCCAAUGUACUGCGCAUUGUACCUAUAGCGGAGGAAUAUCAAGUUGACUCUAUCAUCCAAAGUUGCAAAUCGGUUAUGAAAAACUGGCUUGAAAAAGAUUAUGUAUCUGCUAAAAAAUUAUAUAAUAAUAGUUGUAACUAUCACGUAGUGCAAACACGACAAUGUUUAAGUAUUCUAGCGACGUCUUUGCCACUGAAUUACAAAUCACUUGUAGACAACGCUGUGGACAUGCUCGCCAAAAUGCCACAUAGAAUAUAUUAUGGCUCGUAUGGCCCUGACACUCUCGAUACCUACUGUCAAUCAUAUAAACUAAACGUAAACGGAAAACAGAUCACUGUCCGUGAAAUAAUUGAUGAAUGUAAAACAGUAUUCCAGACCCUUCCUGCUGAGCUUAGAUGUACAAUAUUAAGCAAAAGACUGGCAUUUGAUAGUGACAAUGAAGUCAAGUAGCCACGUGAAAAACGUGAUUCGGGCAAAAAAGCUUUAAAUAUGAAACGAUGAUUAAACUGUAAUUUGUUUUCAGUCCCAUGCUAAUGCAUUUUGAC